AUGUCGUCGAGUGGCAAUAAUGCCUCUGUUUACGGAGGAGAUGAGAUUAAUGCUAUCGUAUUGGAUUCAAGCUCUUAUCAUACAAGAAUCGGAUACGCAGGAGAUGACUUUCCUAAGAUCAUAACACCAUCGUACUACGCUUCACCCAGCGAAAAUGCUAUGGAAUUAGACAACAAGAAAAAUAAUGGGAAAUCAAAGAGCUCAAAAAUAUUCGGUGAAUCGAUUAAUAUUCCAAGAUCUAAUUACAACAUCAACCCGAUAUUGAAAGAUUCGGUGAUUAUUGACUGGGAAGCUGCAAUUGAACAAUAUAGUUAUUAUUUUGAUACGGUUUUGACUUUGAACUAUAAAGAGCAGCCUAUUUUAAUUACUGAGCCGGUGUGGUGUACUCCUCAAUACCGCCAAACGUUACUUGAAACAUUCUACGAGAACUUUGACUUUCCAGCAUUGUUUUUAGCAAAAUCACCAACAUGUAUAUCGUUCCAGCAAGGAAGACCGAAUUGUCUUGUUGUGGACAUUGGCCAUGAUUCUGUGAGUGUAACUCCAGUGAUUGAUGGUAUUUCGUUGUUGAAAAAUUCUAUGAAAACAAAUUAUGCCGGUCAAUAUUUAAAUGACCAGAUAGAAGACUUGCUAACUAAUAAAUUCUCGGGGGUUAAGUUCGAAAACAGAUACAGAAUAAAGAGCAAGACACCAACGGUGUAUCCAGAAGAAAGCAAAUAUACUGUCCGUGAUUUACCAGAUAAUAUAACCCAAUCAUUUGAUGAUUACCAGAAACAGAAUAUCUGGCACGAGUUUAAGGAAACUAUGUUGGAAGUACCAGAAAAGAAAUUCCAUACAUCAAACGCUAGUCAAGCUAACAGCUUAAAGGAAAUCUAUUCUCAAGAUUCCAAUAAGAGGCUAUUUGAAUUACCAACUGGGCAAUCAUUAGAAUUAUGUCUUGAAAGAUUUCAAUUGGCCGACUCGUUAUUUGACCCACAAAGCUACAAAUUUAAUAACCCUGACCUCGCAAAUAAGUAUCCACCAAAUAAUGGUGAGUUAUCAUUAACCAAUUCGUACGACGAUUACAAGCCCUUGAAGAGAGCCCGUAAAGCAGAAUCAAAUCAAUCAACGCCUCCUCCUACCGAUGCAAAAAAAUCCUCGAGUAAGGCUUCCCAAAUUAGAGGCUUGACUCACUUGAUAACCCACACUCUAUCAACUAUCGAUAUUGAUUUAAGAUCAUCUGUUGCACACAAUAUUAUCGUCACCGGUGGUGUCUCAUUAAUUCCACAAUUGACCGAAAGAUUAUACUCCGAAUUAUCUAAUUCGAAUCCAGGUUUGAAGAUAAGAUUACAUGCAGUGGGUAACUCUUCUGAAAGGUUCAAUCAAGCCUGGAUUGGUGGUAGUGUUCUUGCCUCAUUAGGUACCUUCCAUCAAAUGUGGGUCAGCAAGCAAGAAUAUGAAGAGGCGGGGGCAGAAAGAAUAUUAAACCAAAGAUUCAGAUAG